AGGUGUGUGAUUCUCGUCUCUUGACGCCUUUCCUUCUUUUGUUUUUUAAUCCCAAUAUUUAAUUUUCAACAAAAAGUAUUCUCUGAAUCUCCAUUUGUUCUCUUGUUGUGUCUAAUGAUGCUCUUCUUCAACUGCAAAACCUUAUACGCAGAUUCAGAUUUUACCGGAGGACUGUUUUAAACUUGUCAUCUGAGAAGAACAAUCUUUAGGAACUAAGAUGACAAGUAUAGCUGCCUUGAGCGGCAACCUGCACUACGGGUUAAACAAAUGCAGGGCACAUAGUUGCAAACGACCUGCUUAUGUCUUUGGUGUGGCAUUCAAUGGAGGGUUGCAGAAAGAACUUUCAUGGUCACAUGGAGUAUCCAAGAUGUUGCAAAUCCAAAGAUACAACUUUUCCCAGUCUACCGUUGGUGAAUACUGGCAGUCUUUUGGAACAAUAACAGUUAGUGUAUCAUCUUGCUUAAGAGAUGCUUCCACUAAGUAUUUUGAUUUUGUCGUUAUUGGAAGUGGAGUUGCUGGACUUUGCUAUGCCCUUGAAGUUGCAAAACAUGGAACUGUUGCUAUGAUAACCAAGGCUGAGCCUCAUGAGAGCAAUACAAACUAUGCCCAAGGUGGUGUUAGUGCUGUGUUGUGUCCUUUGGACUCUGUGGAGAGCCACAUGCAAGAUACCAUUGUAGCAGGGGCUUAUCUAUGUGAUGAGGAAACUGUUAGAGUUGUUUGUACCGAAGGACCUGACAGAAUCAGGGAAUUGAUAGCUAUGGGUGUGAUGUUUGACCACGGUGAGGAUGGAAAUCUGAACCUAGCAAGGGAAGGGGGUCACUCUCACCAUAGAAUUGUCCAUGCUGCUGAUAUGACUGGAAGAGAGAUUGAGCGAGCUCUUCUUGAGGCAGUUGUCAAUGAUCCUAAUAUAUCCAUGUUUGAACACCACUUCGCUAUUGAUUUACUAACUUCUCAGGAUGGUCCUGACACGGUUUGCCAUGGUGUUGACACAAUGAAUACCGAAACACAAGAGGUUGUUCGAUUCAUUUCAAAAGUGACUUUACUUGCAUCAGGUGGGGCUGGGCAUGUGUAUCCAUCUACCACAAAUCCUCCGGUGGCCACUGGAGAUGGCAUUGCUAUGGCUCACAGAGCUCAAGCUGUGAUAUCAAACAUGGAAUUUGUGCAGUUCCACCCAACUGCCUUAGCUGAUGAAGGCCUUCCUGUCAAACCAAAGAAAGCUCGAGAAAAUGCGUUUCUGAUCACUGAAGCCGUCAGGGGUGAUGGGGGUCUCCUCUAUAAUUUAAGCAUGGAAAGGUUUAUGCCCAUGUAUGAUGAGAGAGCCGAGCUAGCUCCUAGGGAUGUGGUGGCCAGAAGUAUAGAUGACCAGCUUAAAAAGCACAAUGAGAAGUACGUGCUACUUGACAUUAGUCACAAACCCAGAGAAAAGAUACUCUCCCACUUUCCCAACAUAGCUGCUGAGUGUCUUCGGUAUGGCCUGGAUAUAACUUAUCAGCCAAUUCCAGUGGUUCCUGCUGCACAUUACAUGUGUGGUGGAGUCCGUGCUGGGCUUCAGGGGGAGACAAAUGUGCAUGGCCUCUACGUAGCAGGGGAGGUUGCAUGCACUGGUUUGCAUGGGGCGAACAGACUUGCUAGCAAUUCAUUGCUUGAAGCACUGGUUUUUGCAAGAAGAGCUGUCCAGCCUUCAAUUGAUCACAUGGAGAACUCUAGGCUUGAUCUCAGUGCUUCAAGUUGUUGGGCACGACCAAUUGUUCCCGUUUCUCUUGGAAGUGAUGUAAUAGAUGACAUAUUGAAGACAACGACAAAAGUAAGGAAAGAACUACAAUCAAUCAUGUGGAAAUACGUGGGAAUUGUUCGCUCAACAACUAUACUAAAAACUGCUGAGAGAAAAAUAAGAGAAUUGGAGUCUCAGUGGGAGAAGCACUUAUUUGAGCAAGGAUGGGAGCAAACAAUGGUAGGGCUUGAGGCCUGUGAAAUGAGGAACCUCUUUUGUUGUGCAAAGCUGGUGGUGAGCAGCGCCCUGGCUAGGCAUGAAAGCCGUGGUCUUCACUAUACCACCGAUUUUCCACAUGUGGAAGAAAGUAAGAGGUUGCCCACUAUUAUUUUCCCUUCUCCCAUGAAUACUACAUGGAGUUCGCGGCAGCUACACAAGCAGGCUGUCUGUUAGCAAGGCCUGUUUCUGAUUUCUUCCAGCCAAAACUUCAUUAUUAUACCAUAUAUCACUCAUUGUUUAACAGAAGAUUUGCAGUGAAACAAUUGGUGAGAAAUGGAAUGCGCCAUUCUUCCUUUUACUUGCAAAUCUAUCUGUUUCUUUUUAUGAACUUGUUAAGAGAGCCUAACAAAAAAUGUCAUUAUUGAUUGCACUGCUAUAAGUGGGGCCCAAGAAGACUUGUACGGAGUAGAUGGAUAUUUGAAGGGAAGAAAAUGCUACAAAACAUGCUGUGGCCUGUAUUAGUUCCUGUGAGAAUUGUCUAUAUAAGCAGAAUUAAAUUGAUACAAAGUUUGCGGCUAGUUUUCAACA